AUGAACGACCUCAUUGGGAGCCCGGCGCCGUCGGUUAUCCUUUCACGACAAGACGGGAGCUCGUAUGCUCUACGACCUGGGCAGACGGGAAGGAGGGCGGUGAUAUUCUUCUUCGCGAAGGCCGGCGCCAUGAACUGCGUAUACGAGGUCACACAUUUCCGUGAAGCUAUACGAGAAGACCCCCUGUUCAAGAACGUCGACAUUGUGGGCGUGAGCGAGGACGCUGUCUCGAAGUUGAGGAUGUUGUCGACAGGGCACGAGCUGAACUACCCCCUUCUGAGCGACCCGCAACGCGUGGCGCAUCGGGCUUACCGCGUUCAGCGGGGCCUCUUCAGGUGGUGGGUCUCCCGGAUGACAUACGUGAUAGACGAGAGGGGGAUCGUGAGGGCUGGGCUAGACGAAUGGGCUUGGGACAAGCACGUCCCCUUCGUGGCGGACUGGCUGCGGAAAUUGGAUCGUGAGGCGGCGACGGCGGCAGCUGCUGCGGGGCCGACGACAACGACAACAGCAAGCUUACCACAAGGCGCCCCCUCCCCUUCACUAAGCGGAGCUUCCGCGACGCCGCAACAAGGUGCUGCGUUGCCGGUCAAUGGGCAUGCGGUGGCUGUCUGA